AUGGACGAUGACCGAAGAACCAACUUGAUCAAGUUGGCCGCAGAGGGCCUUUUAGACUCCCACCCUAUCGAUACCGCGGCGAUCCAGUCCUCUGUCGCAGCGAACACCGAAGGUCCUUCCCUCGCGCUUCUGACCGCUGACAACCUGGAGCAGAUACCUCUCGCAGAGCAACUGGCACCUGGAAUCCGGAUGCCUGAGCAGGUUGUAGAAUCCGGCGCCAAUGAUAUGCACGAUUCAUCGACGGACAUGCUGCCAUUGCCCUCAGAGACAGGCGCGGACACAUCUGUCCCUACUUGUGUACCGCCCGAAUUGGAUCCUCGUGCAUCCGUGUUUCGUCCUGGCAUACCCAGUACAGGCUCUGUUUUCUCUGUGGCUGUCCAGCCAGGAUCACCAAAAAGCAUACUCUUAGACCAGACGGAGCGCCAUUCCGAGCUCCGCACUUCGUCACCCGCUCCCUCACGCUCGUUUCGGGCCGACUCACCAUGCAGCGAAGACCGUUCCUCUUUCUCGAAUACCGCACCCCAAUACUCUACGGUAACACAAUCCUCCAAUGCGGCUACUCACCCUGGCAGCAGUGGGGCGGAUUCAGCGAGUGUGGUUUACUCGGAUGCGGGCAGUGUGAUGAGCGACCGAAGUCAAGGGACGUCAAAUUCUGAUAUACGCAAUCAAGAGCAAUUUAUUGAAGCGCAGAGAAUGCAGGAACGCGCGCUACUUGGGGGCGAGGUGGGCAUUGGGGGGCCCAUCUCUGUUCCGUUCGCGCGACUUCGAGACCGGCUCAGUGAUAUCGACAAGCCGCACAGCACGUCCGCUACGGCUGCUACCUCUCCAAUUCAGACACCCGAGGACAAAAUGUCAGGGACACCCAUGGCACAUUCACCGUACUUUGCGACCGUGGAGACGCCGGGAAGCGCACCAGACUCAGAGGCUGUCAGCCGCAGCUUGGAGGCAACCUUGACGUAG